UUCUCUAUCAACAGCCGAUCAGGGCGGUCCGCAAGAGAGCCCAGACGGUGGCUGGGCCGGCCUCCUCCGCACUGCUUUACGGGGGCAACCUCUCGGACCCGCGCGUCGGCUGACGCGCGUCGAGCGCAGCAGCGGAUGGAGGUCACCGGCAGCAGCGGCAGACACCGAGCGGUCGCCGCUGGAUCAGGCGGCGGCCGCGGAAAGCGGAGGUCGGUAGACGUCGGCACCGGCGGGUCUAUUCGUUCUCUCGGCACCGACCUCCUCUGCAUCAUCUUUGCGCUUCUCGAUCACUUCGAUCUCGUCCGAUGCUCUGUCGUCUGCAAGUCCUGGAACAAUCUAAUCUACACAUCCUCAUUGAUGAGAGAUCUAUAUAACAAAAGAAAUCCACAUCUUAAAUGUGCUUCUAUCAAGUCAGAUAUGCUAGAAACAUCAAUGAAGAUCUAUCUGGAAGAGAUAGCUAUGGAAGAACACAAGUUAUCCUUUCUCAGAGGCUCGGUUAAAGUUGAUCAAUGGAGUGGUCACCAUGCAAGGGUGAAUGUAUGUCGGAUGAAAAGAGGCUUAAUUCUUACAGGAGUUGGAGAUAAGGUACUGCGUCUAUGGUCUGCAGAAAGCUGCAACUACUUGGAUGAGUAUGUCAGUCCGGAAAUGAAUCAACUAGUUGACUAUGACUUUGAUGAGAACAAGAUUGUAGGUUUAACUAGUGAUCGAAUAUGCAUAUGGAGGCGCCAUGGUCAAAGAGGUAUCUUCCAAUCAUGCAAAGGUAUCUUCACACGUGGACUAUGUAUGCGUUAUAUCGAUCCAGAGGCUGUGAUUGGUUGUGAAGAUGGUAGAGUUCGUGUAUUUGAUAUGUAUAGUGGAAGAUGCUCUCGAAUAAUUAGGAUGCAUUCUGGACCAGUCACAUGCUUGACUUUGACUGAUGAUCAAUUAGUUAUUGGUGGUUCUACAUUUGGAAACAUAGCUAUUGCAGAUUUGUCAUCUGGUAAAAGGAUGGGUUCUGUGAAGUCUUGUUUUUCUCCUACAGGCCUGAAAUGCUUCUCUUUUAACAUGCAUUCAUACUCGGUGUUUGCUGGAUCAACUUCAGGCUAUGCUCAUUGUUGGGACCUCAGGACUCUGAGACCAGUCUGGGAAACACGGGUUAGUCCCAACGUCAUCUACACUGUCCACCAUCUAUCAAAUGAUACAUCUAUGUUAGCCGUCGGUGGAAUAGAUGGUGUACUCCGCAUUCUGAACCAGAGCACCGGUGAAAUUCUUUCAAGUUUGGUGAUAGAUGCUGCCAAUGGGGUGCCACUUUCUUCUAAGAACAGUCAUGAAGUGGUUCAAAAGAAGGUGAGGAGGCUUCAGGAUACCACCUGCUUGGAUAUCAUUCCCAGAUACUUGCGGCCUCCCAUAACAUGUCUGGCUGUGGGAAUGAAUAAGAUUGUCACCACUCACAAUGAGAAGUUCAUCAGGGCGUGGAGAUUUCACAUGAACAAUUAGCUGGCUGAUUUAGAUGCAGAAAGUCUUGUUCCUCUUAUUUUAAGUCAGUUACAUGAAUUAGCCCGUGAACAGAUUUAUGAUAUUUCAUUGAAGCCUCUGGGUGAAGUGUUUCAUCAGAUGAUUCACUGUCUUAUGCUGUUGUUUCAAUUGGUGGUAUGUACAGUUGAACGGCAGUGUGAACAUUGCUCUAUCUUUGAUGCUGAACGCCCUCAGGAGGUACAUGUCGUUGAGGGUUAAUUGUAGAUUACCUCUUGUACUUAAAUCCUAUUAGCAUUGUGGUCGUUAUAUUUAAAAAUUUA